AAGAAGGUCAUCUGUAUGAGUAUCAUGGCGCAAGCUACAAAUCAGCGCUGUAAUACAUUACAAACCAUGGUUGGCGUAUUUUUGCACUCCUGUAGUACGCCAGAAGCAGCCAUCGAGCUCUUACAACGAUUCGGGAUCUCAAACUCGAGUGACGCAAUCAACGAUGCUGUCGCAAGUUUGGCCAAGGAUUCUCUCCGUCAAAUCCAGCAGCUCGGAGAGAGCCUU